AUGCCUGGUGAAGCCGCCCCCGGAACCGUGGGCAACCUUACGCCUGAGCAGGAAGCCAAGUUGCAAGAGUUUUGGGUGUUGUUGUUGAAGGUUUGCGGUGUUAGCCUGGAGGGUGUUGAGCAAACCGGAGACGCUACUUCCUCGAGCGCAUCGCAGAAAAAGGAACAGCAGCCCCAGCAACAACCCAAGCGGAGGUUCGGGUUAUUCGGUGGUGGAAAAGGUAGUGAAGAGGACGAUGCUGCAAGUGCCAAGUCGGCGAAUGGCAUCUCAUCCGGCAUUGCCUCCAUCGACAUCACCGAUGGCGAUGACAAGUAUGGACAGUCGAAGGAAUUCCAGCAAGCUCUUGUUGACAUGAAGCCGGAGGAAAUCCGCACUACCGUCUGGAAUAUGGUUAAACAAGACAAUCCCGAUACUUUGCUUCUGCGCUUCCUCCGAGCGCGCAAGUGGGAUGUCAAGAAAGCGCUGAUCAUGUUCAUUUCUACGAUCCGGUGGAGAUUGCUGGAUGUCAACGUGGACGAUGAUAUCAUGAAGAAUGGCGAACAUCUCGCCUUGAAGCAGUCGCAGAGUUCGGACCCCGCGGAAAAGAAAGCUGGUGAGGAAUUCCUCAUGCAGAUGCGCAUGGGCAAAAGUUUCCUUCAUGGCGUCGACAAGCUCGGCCGACCCAUCUGUGUUGUCAGAGUGCGCUUGCACAAGGCCUCCGACCAGAGUACGGAAGUCUUGGACCGCUUUACUGUUUACACCAUUGAAUCUGCCCGAAUGAUGCUCGCACCUCCCGUUGAGACCGCCUGUGUUGUCUUUGAUAUGACUAAUUUCUCUCUGUCGAAUAUGGACUAUAACCCUGUUAAAUUCAUGAUCAAGUGCUUUGAGGCCAACUACCCUGAGUGUCUUGGAGUGGUGCUCAUUCACAAAGCCCCAUGGCUCUUCUCAGGAAUCUGGAAAAUCAUCAAGGGCUGGCUCGACCCAGUUGUUGCCGCCAAGAUCAACUUCACGAACAAUGUCUCGGAUUUGGAGAAAUUCAUUCCCAGGGACCGCAUCAUGAAGGAGCUCGAGGGUGACGAGGACUGGGAAUAUAAAUACGUCGAACCCCAGCCGGGCGAAAACAAGGCCAUGGAAGACACGACGAAGCGAGACGAACUACUCGCGGAAAGACAGAAGCUCGCGCAAGAAGUUCAAGAUGCAACCAUCGCGUGGAUCUCGGCCAGCCAGAAGAAGGACGACGAAGCCUUGAAGACCGCUAAAGAGCACAGAAACGGUCUGAUUGAGCGGCUGAGAGUUCAGUACUGGCAGCUCGACCCUUAUAUCCGGUCUAGGUCGCUAUACGACCGCCUGAACAUUCUCCAAGGCGAUGGCAAGAUCAAUUUCUAUCCUACCGAAUCGAAAUAA